GCAGAGAGAGGGGAGAGAGAGAGGGGAGAGAGAGAGGAGCAGGUUUCGGCUUACAGCGCAUACCACACCAACAGCACCAAAAUACCCUAAAACACAGAGCUCACUGGGGGACUACACACCGGGACUACACACCGGGACUACACCUUCAACUGGACCCAACUCCGGACCCGGUUCUGGGGCCCGUCAUGGAGCCGGACUGCGGACUGUAGAGAGCAGUAAUGUGGAUCUGGGAGCGACCAUGUUAUUAGGCAGGUGAUAAAAGGAGAAGCCGGCUGUUCUAUCCCAGCUUAAAGAAGACCCAGGAUAGAAAGUGAGAGAGAUAAACAGAGUCGGCAGGGGAUUCACCACUACCGAGGGAAAAUCAGAAUGAAAGUGCCUCUGUACCACUGACAAGCAAAACUGGAAUGAUAUCUUGACCCUUUUUCCUGGAAGUGACCAAGUUAACGAUGAGUGGGGGGAUAUAAUGGCCAAGAACAAGGAUGCGCGCCCCCCGACAUUCGCCGUCAGCGUGGUUGGCCUUUCGGGGACGGAGAAAGAGAAGGGAAAUUGUGGCGUGGGCAAGUCCUGCCUAUGCAACCGAUAUGUGCGUCCUGAUGCGGACGGCUACUAUUCGGAGCACACCUCGGUGCUGAGCACAAUAGAUUUUGGGGGGCGAGUGGUUAACAAUGACCACUUCCUGUUCUGGGGGGAUGUGUCCCAUCGAGGGGACGAUGGGUUGGACUGUAAAAUCCAAAUCAUCGAACAAACAGAGUUCAUUGAUGACCAGACGUUUCUUCCACAUCGGAGUACGAACCUGCAGCCAUACACCAAACGUGCGGCAGCAACCAAGCUCCAGUCGGCAGAGAAGCUUAUGUACAUCUGCACGGACCAGCUGGGCUUGGAGCAGGACUUUGACCAGAAGCAGAUGCCUGAUGGGAAGUUAAACAUUGAUGGCUUUCUGCUCUGCAUUGAUGUUAGCAAGGGUUGCAAUAGGAAGUUUGAUGACCAAAUGAAGUUUGUCAACAGCCUCUACUCCCAAAUUGUCAAGUCAAAGAAGCCUAUUGUCGUCGCUGCCACAAAAUGUGAUGAGUGUGUGGACCAGCACCUGAGGGACCUGCAGGCCUUUGUUGCCAGCAAGAAGAACCUGCUGCUAAUUGAAACGUCGGCACGCGCCAAUGUCAAUGUGGAGCUCAGCUUCAAUGCCCUCAUCCAGCAGCUGGAUAAAACAAGGGGGAAGCCAAAAACUGUGCCAUACCUGGAGGCCUAUAAAAUCCAACGGCAGCUUGUUGCAUCAGUAACAGAUAGAUUUGAGAAAUUGAUGUUGCACACGCUGAGAGAUUACCACACCACGUGGAAAACGGUGGUUAAUAAUCUGAAGGGCCAAUCAGACUAUGACGAGUUCAUCACCUUGGAGGGCACCAAGAAAGCACGCAACAUGUUCACAAAGCACAUUGCACAACUGAAGCAGGAGCACAUCAAGAGGAGGAGGGAAGAGUACCUGACGACACUACCGAAAACCCUUAACAACCUCCUCAAUAACCUGGAGGAGGUUGAACACCUCUCAUGGCCCGAGGCACAGAGCGUAAUCCGGAACCGGCAUGAUUUCCAGUACUGGUUUGUGGUUCUGGAGCAUACGCCGUGGAAUGAGACGGAUCACAUCGACAACAGUGACCGAAGGAUACCCUUUGACCUUCUCGAUACGCCCGACGGUGAGAGAAUUUACCAUAACCACGUCCAGCACCUGCUGUCUGAGAAGAGAAGGGUGGAGAUGAAAGAGAGGUUCAAGAAGACGCUGGAGAGGGUUCAUUUUAUCAGUGCAGGGCAGCCUUGGGAGGAAGUCAUGUGCUUUGUCAUGGAGGACGAGGCCUAUAAGUACAUCACAGAAUCAGAUAGGAGGGAUGUUUAUUGUAGACACCAGCAGGAAAUAGUUGAAAGGGCCAAAGAGGAUUUUCAGGAAAUGCUUUUUGAGCAUGCUGAGCUCUUCUAUGACUUGGAUCUGAAUGCCACCCCCAGCUGCGAUAAGAUGAGCGAAAUUCACAGUGUGCUCAAUGAAGAGCCCAGAUACAGAGCGCUGCAGAAACUUGCCCCAGAUAGAGAGUCGCUCCUCCUCAAACACAUUGGGUUUGUUUACCAUCCCACUAAGGAGACAUGCCUGAGCGGGCAGAACUGUGUGGAUCUGAAAGUGGAGCAGGUUUUAGCAAACAGGCUGGUGCAGCUCGACCAUGGACGCUCUAAUCUCUACUAUAACAGUGCCAACAUUGAUAAGAUCAACCUCUGCCUCCUGGGAAGGGAGGGUCUCUCACAGGAACUAGCCAAUGAGAUCCGAGCUCAGUCCACAGAUGAUGAGUACACCCUGGACGGUAAAAUUUAUGAACUGGAGCUUCUUCCCGUGGAUGUCAACUCCACGCUGCUCUUCAGCCAUACAUGGGUCAACACUUUCAAACCACACGGCUGCUUUUGUGUGUUCAACUCCAUAGAGUCCCUCAACUGUAUUGGAGAUUGCAUAGGCAGGAUCAGAGCGGAGAUAGCACAGAGUAGGAGAGAUAGGUUUGCUCAGCCACUACCAUUCAUUCUCAUCCUGGCAAAUCAGAGGGACAGUGUUUGCAAAAAUAUACCUAUCCUGAGGCACCAGGGCCAACAGCUAGCAAACAAGUUGCAGUGCACCUUUGUGGACAUCCCCACUGGGGCUUUUCCACGUAAAUUCACAGAGUUCCAAAUUAAGCAGGGUCUCCGAGCAGUGCUGGAGGGGCUAAAGCAUAACUUUGAUGUCUUGGCCCCACUGCCAUCUAUCAAAGACAUGUCAGAGACAGACCUUAGGAUAGUCAUGUGCGCCAUGUGCUGGGAUCCCUUCAGCGUUGACCUCAUCCUCUCACCUUUCCUAGACUCACAUUGCUGUAGCGCGGGGCAGCCAGGCCAGAGUAACACACUUAUACUGGACAAGAUCAUCGGGGACAGCAGGAGGAGGAUCCAGGUCACUGUCCUCUCCUUCCACUCUGCUAUCGGGGUCCGCAAAGAUGAACUGGUGCACGGCUACAUUUUGGUCUACUCUGCCAAGCGCAAGGCUUCAAUGGCAACCCUGCGGGCGUUCUUGGCCGAAGUCCAAGACGUGAUCCCUGUCCAGAUGGUGGCGAUCACAGACAGUCAGGCAGACUUCUUUGAGAAUGAUGCCAUCAAGGAGUUGAUGACGGAGGGCGAGCACAUUGCCACAGAGAUUGCUGCCAAGUUCACAGCACUCUACUCACUGUCACAGUAUCAUCGUCAGACUGAGGUUUUUACACCCUUCUUCAAUGAAGUGCUCGAGAAAAAGCCGAACAUUGAGAGUUCCUUCCUGUUUGACAGCUCGUCACGGGAGUGCACGACUGGUGCCAGUGAAGACGUCUUCCCCACUUCCCCACAUAGCCAUUCCCCAGCCUACAACACCUAUUACCCAGAAUCUGAUGAUGAUAACGAGGCCCCCCCACCUUACAGUCCAAUAGGUGAUGACGUUCAGCUUCUCCCCACACCCAGCGAGCGGGCCAAGUACCGGAUCGACCUAGAAGGCAAUGAGUACCCAGUCCAUAGCACACCUGUUGGAGACCAUGAACGCAACCACAAAGUGCCUCCACCUGUCCGGCCCAAACCAGUGCUCCCCAAGCCCAAUGUUAAAAAGUUGGACCCCAACCUGCUCAAAACCAUCGAGGCAGGCAUGCGAAGCAAUCGUAGAAUGCCACGUGGCCCAAUGAGUCACGCCGAGGACGUGGAGGCGUCGGACAACUAUGCAGACCCUGUGGACACCUUGCUAAGGUCCAGGGGCUUCCACAAUGAUGACAUAUAUGCUGUGCCUGAUGACACACACAGCCGUCUGGUCAAAAUAAGAAACUCCUUUGGCGGACUACAUGGCCUCCAUGGAGGAGAGGAAGAGAAUGGAUUUGACAGGAAGUCUCAGGCUGGACGGCGGCCGUCCAAAUACAAACAUCGCUCUAAAAUCUUGUUCAGCAAGACGAAGGCUUACCAAAGACGAUUCCACUCUGACAGCGACGGGGAGGAGUCUGGCCCCGCCACACAGAAAAAGAAAAAGGGAAGAGCCCACCGGGGCAGCGAGGAGGACCCACUGCUGUCCCCUGCCGACCCCUGGAAGACUGGGAUAGAUAACCCCGCCAUCACCUCCGACCCUGAGCAGGAGGACAAGAAGAUGAAGAAGAAGAAGACGCCCAAGACGCCAAAGGAACCGAAGAAGCCGAAAUCUUCCAAGCCCCCCAAGCCUCUGUACCCCCCCACCCGGAGAACCUGGGAGAGCAACUACUUUGGCGUUCCCCUGCAGAACCUGGUGACCCUGGACAGACCCAUCCCACUCUUCAUCGAAAAAUGUGUCGACUACAUCGAGCGCACAGGUCUGACGACAGAAGGCCUGUAUCGCGUCAGCGGGAACAAGACGGACCAGGACAACAUCCAGAAACAGUUUGAUCAAGAUCACAGCAUCGACUUUGUGGUGAUGGACGUGGCGGUGAACGCUGCUGCCGGAGCGCUGAAGGCUUUCUUUGCCGACCUGCCCGACCCUCUGAUCCCCUACAGUCUGCACCCGGAGCUGGUGGAGGCCGCAAAAAUCGUGGACUACAUGGAGCGUCUGCAGGUCUUGCGGGAGAUUGUGAAGAAGUUUCCUUCUGUCAACUACCAGGUCUUCAAAUACAUCAUCACACACCUCAACAGGGUGAGUCAGCACAGUAAGACCACCCUGAUGACGGCCGACAACCUGUCCAUCUGCUUCUGGCCCACGCUGAUGCGGCCCGACUUCGAGAACAAGGACACGCUGUCCACCACCAAGCUGAACCAGGCCGUCAUCGAGUCCUUCAUCGUGCAGAGUGACUACUUCUUCCACGGUGGCGAGGUGGCCGAGAGCUCCAGCAGCGAGGGCACGCCGCCGCCGCACUGCCACAACAUGGUGGAGGCUCUGCUCCCGCUGCAGCUGCCCCCGCCCCUGCAGCCGCAGCAGAUCCAGCACACCCUGCACCCCGACCCGCUCAUCUAAGAGCCACAGGAGCAUGCUGGGAAAUGAAGCCUGGUGUCGAUUGAGCCCCUCUCGACCAGCAAUCGCCCGGAGGUCGUCUUUCUGCUCUACAAAACGCCGGUCGGCGGUUCAAAUAAAACAUAAAAUAGGUGAAUUUUGAGGAAUCAGCAGCUGCUGUUUGUUAUCGACUUUGAGGUGAAUGAGCUUUGCGUGUUAGAGACACAUCGACCGUUUGUUGGAUUAAAUCUAAUCUGUGAGAUCGGCUCAUCCUGCGAGGUAAAUCCUGGAUUAGAGAAUUACAAUCGAACGUCACCUUUUGGAACUAAUUUUUGGAUCUGACUGCCCCCUUUUUAUGAAACGCAGACUGAAAACAGUCGAUGAAUGAAUGAUUUGAUUUGGCACAUAACACUAAUUGCUUAGCAGGGUCUGACUUCUGGGCCACGUUUGGGGCAAAUAAAGAUUCCCCUCCUCCUACUUCCCCCUGAUGGAAUAGCACACUGCGGUCCUGAGCAAGUCCCUCUGAUUAAAAACCUGACCGCCUUCUUCCGGCUCCGAUCCUGGAGAACAGGGGAAGUUCUCACUUAUCGAGUCCCCACGACUGCAACUCAAAUACGAAAAACACCCGAUAUUGACUGACUGAUUCCAUAUUUGACUGACUGUUUGCAGGAUUUCACAGAGUCUUCCUGCAGAUCUCCACAUUUCGGCACAGGAAAACAUUUAUUCUCCUUCUUCUUUUGUUGCCCUUCGACCCAGAACCCGGUCAGUAGGAGGAGACGAGGGAACGCCAGACAGACGCUGGACACCUCGCAAGAAAUAUAAGAAAUUGUGGAUUAUUUUUGGUUUUGGGGGGAAAAGCUCUGGUUUUAAAUACUAAAAGACUUAAUGAAACAACCCCUACCUACUACAUGAACUUUGACCCCCCCCUUAAAGGACAGCACAUGCACGAUUUGUGUCAAAGGUCCCACAUGCCAAUUUCAUGUCUGUUUGCGUAGUUUAUGUUUUUAUGUUGUUUUUUUUUUUUUUAUUAUGUUUUUGUAUGGUCUGAUUUCUACCCAGUUUGAGUGUUUGGUGUGUGUGUGACGGCGAUGAUGUGUGUGAUCUGUGUGAACUGACCUGCGGUCGGUGCUGCAGCCGGUUCGUUCUGGGAUUCAGGAGGGAAAAAGGAAUUCAAACCGUGGACUGACGGACUCUCUGCGCGAGAGAAUCGGACUUUUACGGACUUCACUGCAAACCUUCAGCCUAACUCGUCUCGUCUCUUUAGAGCCUCUAACUCUCAAUGCAACGACCGACGUCCCUCCACCCGCUGGGACGACCCCCCCCCCACACUCUCGACCCCCUCGACGACGGCACACGAGCGAGGAAACCACUACGUCGCGAUGCAUUCUGGAUCCGUUCAGUUUCGAGGAGGCGUCUUCCGCUUCCUGCUUUGUCAUUUCUGUUUUUUUUUUUUGUUCUGUUGGUUUGUUGGAAACUAAAAUUUGCAUGUCUCUGUUUUGCCACUUAGUGAAAAAAAAAAGAACAUUUAAAGUUUAAAAAAAAUGAAAUGAAUCACUUUGAAACUCUAAUGGAGCUCUCGUUCAGAUCCGCAGCGUCUUAUCUGAAUCUUCUUUUGGUUUAAGGGGAACAUUUCCACAGAAAUACUCUAAAGAGGGGUUUCAUUUUUUGCAUUUUUCUUUCGUGUCAUGCAAGAAAUCAACUCUUAAUAUCAUAUUUUUGGUUAUAUGUCGAAUAGUUUUCCCUAAAUAGAGGAAAGAAGUAUAUAUAAGUAUAUAUAUAUAUAAAUUUAUCAGCAGCAGAGGUUGCUGAGUUAGUGAAAUACCACGGGGUACUGGACUGUAUAAUCUGUCAGAAGCUAUAAUCAUAUUUCUUUGUGGUUCUGAUGGUGUAACUGAAACCCAUCUUUCUUUUCUCUGAUGGUGUGUGUGUGUGUGUGUGUGUGUGUGUGUGUGUGUGUGUGUGUGUGUGUGUGUGUGUGUGUGUGUGUGUGGGAGGGGGUAUGACGACAGAUCGGUAGGUUUUAAUUCCUCUUUGUCUGAAAAACAAAAACAUCCCUGAUCGCUUUCUUCUCCGAUGGCUCUUUGAGGCAGAACAACGGCGCCGAAAACGUGUUCACCUUCGCCCCGCCUCGUUGCUUUCACGCGUUUCCUGAGCGAUAAAUCCCUGACGAUCUCUGGCGGGAGGAUGUUCGUCAUUUAUCGGACCUUAUUCUGAAUAGAAAUAUUCCUUCUGCUGCACGAUAACAUAGGUCCGCAACCUGUUUUCCACGUUGGAACAAAGAUGUUAGUUUGGUUUAUUUCACAGGUCUGUAGUUUUUAUGUCCGAGUGAUUUCUGUUCAGUUUCCUGGAAAGAAUCUGCAGUGGUGGAAUAAAUUACUCAAGUACAAUUUUGAGGUACUUUUACUUUCCAUUUUUUUAUAUUUUAUACUUUUACUCCACUACAUUUCAAAGGGAAAUACUGUACUUUUUACUCCACUACAUUUAUCUUCAUUUAAGUACAUUUUGUUGCCAAUACUUUCAGGUAUUUUAUUAGUAAUGGAGUAUUUUUUUUUUUUACAUUACGGUAUUGCCACUUUUACCUGAGUACAUACUUCCAACACUGGUAAUUUGGCACUAAUUAUAGGGAUAACAGUUCAAUUAGCACACUUAAUCAUUAAUUUGUGUCCUUUUAAUCAGGACACGACUCAACAUGUCUCACAAUUCAUACAGAGAAUAAAGUUUCACCAGUAAAUGAUUAAUGAGUGCAUAUUUAUUUAGUUUAAUUGGAGAUUUUUCCCUUUAAUUAGUACCAAAUAACGCAGUUCUUUUCAAGUAAUGUGCUGAAAUACAGCGACAUAUCUUUACACUGUUUGAUUUUCAGUUAUAGUGUCUAUGAACUGAAGUUACUUUGAAUAAUUUCUGAUAUUUAUACAGGAGGUACUGUUUAGGAACGGUCUCAGCUCGGAGAUCUCGGGCUAAAUGUCGUUUUAAUGGGUGAAUAUUAUUCGGUCCAGAUGUCUGAAAAUGUGCAGCGUUUUAACUGUUUUUUUUUUAAAGACCAUCAGGGAUUUAUCUUUCAGAAGGAAACAGAAAGUGAACUCUGAGAGGCACAAAGUGUUCACGUUGUGCAACUUUAAAGCUUAAAGAAAAGUUUAAAGCUAUUAUUAUGAACUUGCACUUUUUCACUGAUUCUCAGUUUUAAAUCCUGAUGUGAGGUUUUCUUCGGAUCGGAUGGUUUCAGUAAGAAUAUCUGCAGUCUGGUUAUCGUGAUCCAGUAAAGUGUGAUUGCCAAAUUAAAAGCCCUUUUUGAAAGCGUUUAUAAUCGCUGUCAUUAGCGUCCCCUCUGCCCGCUCUGCAGCGCCACUUCGUUCCAUCAACCCUUAAACUCUUGUCAGAUGUAUCCUUCAGGGCAUCGUCGUACCCAGAAUGCACUGCUCUGCUUGUGUGAUGUUUUUGGUGUAGGGGGAAGUGAAAGAGGGGCAGCUCUCCACUGAAACUGUCAGCAGGUUUUUAUUAGUCCUCGCAGGACCAGGACCAGACUGAACCAGAUUCUCCUCUAAACUCGUUCUAUCAGCUCGACGAACUGAAUCAUUCUGGUUAACUUCAGGAUGGUUCUCACCAACGAUGACUCGCGUUCUGUAGAGCGUCUCGAUGAGUGUCAGCGAUGGGGGAUGAAUCCAACAGAGGUUUGUCCCAUUUUAGAUGCGUGUCUUCUGUGUCCUCACUUCAAUUUGUCCAAACCGGAAGAGAAGGUUUCCUGUGCGACUGAUUUCUAUCUGGAAUUUAAACUUUUCUUUUUUCAGAUUCUGCCAUUAUUGUUUAUUUUAUUGAACCGUUUCAUCCCAGAAAACCAAAUUUAUCUUCCCACCUGCGCUAAAACAAUUUGUUUAUAAGCAGAAAAUCUAUACAUUUGGUUCGUUUAAGUGAUUUAUUCAGUAAAUUUUACUGAUCGGCUCACCAGGGAAGAGGUUUAUCUGCUUUUUGGUGUUCUUUUACUAACUCUUAAAAGUAGUUUUUGGGCUGUUGGUAGAGAAAAAAAGGUAUUUAAAGACGUCACCCUCGACUUAAUUUGCUAUAUCCAAAAAAAAGUUUAAAAAAUAAUGAACUUUCACCUGAAGCUGUAGGAUUCUUUCAUUAUUAGGACAUGAGAGGACACUUUAUCCUCUAAAAGGUGGUGAAGGAAUGAAGCCAACGACCCGACAUAGAUUACAUUUUUCAUUUUACUUUGAAAGGUCACACUGCAGGAAAUAAAACGGCCACAAAUCAGAUUCAGCCAACUUUUUAAAGGGCGCCAUGAAGGGGACACGUGUCUGGAACGGGACGUAUCAGACAAAUAGAGACAUAACUUUCCUUUGAGAUGUGAAUGAGAGGGUGAAGGGUGUGUUAAAGGGGAUAAAUAUUCAGAAUGGAACGCAGCCAAAAGCCCUUUUCAAAGGUUUUAUGAUGCUGGACUGAAGAGGAGGAUGAAGGGCGCGGUGGAACGGAGCCUGGUCUACAAGCUCCAGUCUCUUUUGGGGUGGGAGGGUGAGGGGGGGGGGUUCAGCAGCUGCUAGAUAAUAAAAGAUUAAUCUGUUCGUCUGUAGUUUUCCAUCAAUCAAUCAGCUCCUUUAUUUGUUCUCAUUCUGUUGAUAAGAUCUGUUCUCAUCCAGUCACUCCGGUGUACAAACCAACUGACUUCUAACGUCAUCCGCUGUGUAUUAUAGUAAAUAAAAAUGAUUUUCAGAAAUGAAAAACUCUAAAACCAGUUUUUUUUUUCUUUCUGUUUUCUCUCCAUCAUGUUUCCAAAAUAAAGUUUCUUUUUUUUCCAAA